AUGAAUGUAGGACGAUGUGAUAAACACAGCAGUUAUUGGCCAGCUUUUCGAGUGAUCGAUGCUAUUCUAUUUUUGACGCCACGAAAUGUACGCGAGAAUUUCCCUUUCAAUCAAUAUUCGGAUGAGCUCUACGAAACGAGUCAGAUCAACAAAAUCAUAGAACAACUCGAAAAUAGAAAUAAUGAAUUUGCUCGCGAUGUUCCAACAUACACGAAAGCCGUUCACUCGACAAUCGAUUACGAGUUGCUCAGUCAACUAAUUGGCGAUUGGAGUUUGUUCGAUUUUUGGAAAAGGGUUCAACUAUAUCGGCAAGGAACCAACACGUAUAUAAGCAAUCGAGAUCUUAUUCGACUUCUAUACAUGAAUAUUAUAUCGGAAAUGAAUGAACUCUCAAAAUGGGGAAUGUGCAAAUAUCUGCAAGAUCGUGUUCGACACUACGCCACCGGCAAAAUUUUCGAGCUUCUUCCAUUGGACGAGGAGAUGCUCCACAAUCACGUGUAUGAUCUGAGUUUGGCUGAGCUUGAGAGUGUUCUGUCGGCGUCCCAGCAGUUUAUCACCUCAGAACCGGAAAAAGCUCUUGGUUUGUUGGGCUCAUUGCUGGAUGCGCCGGACAGCGACGUGAGCAAAGAGAAUCUGUAUAGAGUGUGGAAUCCGGGCGACUUGGGCAAUUUCCAAACCGAGUACGAGAAUGCGUUGGGUGUGCGAAAAAUGUUCGACAACACGAUCACCGGUGUUCAUGACAAACGACUCGAAUUUUUUUGCACAAAAAGUAUGUACGAGAAAAUGGCGAUUCGGUUCAUCAAAAUCGACGGUCACAUCUAUUUUUUCGCCGCUGACGUCAAUAGAAUCAUCGACACAGUGACGUCGAUCAAGAAAAAGAAAAAGUCGAAUUCGAACUCGACAAAUGUUCAAAAAUUGGACAUCGGCGAAGGCGGCAUCUAUCGGCUGAUUAAUUGCGAGAAGUUUGCGAAACUCGACAAACAUCACAAUUUUGGCAGAAUUCACAUUGACUUUAUUGAAGACAAAGAGAAACGCGUCAGCUUCAAAUAUCUGCCGUACAUUUCGCCGGUUUACACGACAUGUCUGCCAUCGACGUUGGCGAUUCAAACGAUUUACGAUUUUUUGGCUGAAACUCUUCGCCAAUUUACGAUUCCCACCGUCGCGUUGAUGGGCGAAAUGCGCUUCUUUGUUCAAAGAAUUACGAGUUUCUUCCUAGAGGAUAAGGAUAUCUACUGUGUUGAUAUGAGAUCAAUUACUUCACAAAUGGACAGAUUCUAUGAAACGAUGUCAAACGAUGAGAAGGAGAAUGUCACGACGGAUCCGGAAAUUGCCGAAGAUAGCUUCAGCACAUUCCUCGACACUGCAUUUCCGAAGUUGAAUCGAAUUCUACACUCUCACGGAUACUGUCAUGUCAAAAAAUACUGUUUGCUGUCGAAAAUCAGCGAAGAUGAUCGAAAUGGGCUGACCGUCUGCGAGGAUCCGAAGAGUCCGAGAAGCGUUUCCGAUGCUCAGAAAUCAUUUGAGAGUUCGCUUAAACCGAUUGUCACCGUUGUAUACGGUCAAAGUGAGUGCAUUUUCAAGGAGCACAAUCUCUGA